UCCACCAGGAAGAGACGUGUUGCCGGCCGCCUCGGACAACAAGUCCAUACUCAGGAAGAAUACGCUGUUUCAUUUCGAGACAGUCUAGAGGAUCGAGGUGUCUCCCCCAGUUCCACAGACGACCAGCUGACUAGCCUGCGGUCAGUUGUCCUCGAGGCGUGUAACGGGAGAGGGGAGAGGCGCAGUGCGAGACUAGACGGGGUUGGCGCGGGUCAAGAUGGCCGCCUCGCGCGACAGGCAGUUGUCCUCGAGCUGGUAGCGGGAGAGGGGAGAGACAGUGCGUCGGGAGAGCCGCAGUGCGCGACUAGACCCCGCCGGGGUGACGACGGCAUGGCGCGGGUCGACAAGAUGGCCGCCUCGCGCGACAGCGUGGUCUCGUGGCACGGCCUGGGCGCGCUGGAACUGGCCUUCCCAUGUGUCACGUGUUCCUUCGUCGUCAUCAUCCUGCUGCUGUGCUUCUGCUGCUGUCCGCUGCUGCUCUACCGCCUCAGGAACGAGAUUGGCUACGACUACCUGGCGCUGCUGUACUCGAUGCUGGGCCUGGUGGUGUUCGGGGUGGUGGGAGAGGUGCUGCUGGUGGCACGCCGCAGGGGGCGCCUGGCGUGCUGCGGUCGCCGCGAGGAGGCGCCACGCUCCUUCAGCGACCACCACGGCACCACGCACCACAAGCCCGCCGUCAAGGCCCCGCUCUGUGGCGUGCACGCACCGAGCCCCCGCGGCCCGCCGCCCGCCUACGACUCGGUCUCCGUCAACCAUCCCGCCACGAGUCAGCUGGACGUCAAGACAUCACUCCAGCCGAGCGUGGAAGGUUAACCAACCUAGAAGCCAAACCAGCAGACCCGCAAGGAAACUAAACUUCUGUGCCAAAUGACACCAACACAUUACUCAGACACCACAUGAACAACAAAACAAUAUACCACCAAAUCAAUGAGAGUUUCGUUUCUGAUGACACUCACUUGCAGGAAAGCCAGUAGUCAGCAGGUGGACAUCAGUACAACGGUCCAGCAGAGCAUCGAAGGUCCUGCUUCAGACCCGAGUCAAGUGGACGGCAGAAUGAUUGGUGGGAAGAAAGACAUGUCUCGGUUCAAAUGAUGCCGCCGCCUUGGGGCCGCACUGCAGCCAAGCGGAUGAAUGAGUGAUGAGCGAGUGGAUUGAAGCCCUGAAAAAGUGCUCUCGCGCCAGAUCUGGGGCGGAAAGCAAGUUGACAGGAAAACAACCCAAAAUGAUUUUAACUGUCUCGUACUUGCAUGAUCGAAAUAGUGCCGAGGAAAGUGAAACCAGUUGAAGUAGUACCGAUGUACAAUUGCCGCUAGCACAAUCAGUCCUGAAGGUACUGUACGUUACUUAGUGCUGGUGCCAAUAAUUAUCUGUAUCACUGUGAUUUAAAAUACUUUGGUGCCCAUGUGUACUACUUUCUCACAGAGGACAUCAGUAUUUUUUUAAUGUAACUUAUUUUGGGCAGCUCCAGUAACAAUGAUUUUCAAGUCACACCUUCUUCUAGCUUCUUUUUUCAGUGGACUUUCAGGUAAGAAUAAUUAAGUAAGGUUUUUAUGUAAUCAAAGACUUGCUUUUAAGUUACAGAGCUUUUGCUGCAUUUAAGUCUUGUUGUGAACUUCACAUGACUAAAAUCUCUUGUCAGCUAAAGUCUUGUUUGCUUCUUCAGGAAACAUACUUUUCAGUCAGGCUGUAAUUGCUUUCAGUCCAAUUUCUAUGUUCAUGACCAGUUAAAGACUUUUACAGCAUGUCAGUAAUUGUUGAGUAAUUAAUUUAUAUAAUAAACAAUGACAAUUGGUUUAGCAACACAGCUCUACUAGUGUGUUCAAUGGUCUCUGCAUUUUUGUGAAUAUUUUUAGUCAAAGGCUAUGUACCUAUACUUAAUUUUGGCUUUAAUACUUGGACAAUAGUUUUCUCACAUAUGUAUUUUUUUUACUGUUUUGAGCUAAGAACAACCAGCAAUGGCCACAUUGCCAACAGCCAGUAAAGAUGUGAACACAAGCAGUUUAAGGCAGCUUCCCGUGCCACCUGAACCAGAGAGAGGAAUAUGUAGGUAUUUGUGUUGUUUCAGAACCUACCCCCUCAGACAGCUAUAAGUUGUAAUUACUGUGGUUUGCCUGGGUGGCAAUCCAAACACAAAUGCCUAGGUCACAGAGUUUCAACAUCAUCCGUGUCUUUAUUUAUCACUGGAACGUGAUGACCAUUGUAAUUAAUUGUACCACCAAUAUACAUUUGUACGACUGUUGUUAUUAUUUGUAUCACAAAAUAAAAUCUGCUCUGAAAGAAAUUACUAUCCUUUAAGUGUUGUUCCAAUAUGAAUACAUCAAAAUAUAAAACACUAAUAAUUAUCUUAAUCUCUACAAACCAUAAAAUUUGGGUUACAUGUUGCAUGUAAAUGCUGAUAUGGGCCGGUCUCCUGCGGAGUGCGGAGACGUGGUGGGUGUCUCUCGUAGUGUCGUGGCUGGAUGUGGUUGCCCAGUGCACCCUCUCAGCAGGUGUGGCCUGUGUGGCUCACAGAUGCAUGUCACCCUCGCUGGAGAACAAUGCUAUGCAGCCUAGCCUGAACCCUCACUGACCCACGUGUUCCGGGCCCGUGGACAUUCCCUUAGGCUAGACACUCAGUGAACACUUUCUGGGACAGGAAAAUGGUUUGAGUCGACAGAACUCACGCGUCGGGUAGUAGUGCUACCGCAAUGGGGGUUGAAGUGCUCGUAGAAGUUUAGGGCGCCACCACAUGUAUGACGGGCAUGUGGACCCGGCUACUCUGUCCUCAGGGCCGAGGCGAGGCCCGUUUCCCCCUGUAGCACUCAAAACAACCGGAGAACGAUGACAGAUGCAUGAAGCUCCUU